AUGAAGGCGGACACCCCGCUACAGCUGACGUUGGUGGCCUCUCUUCGUACAUACCAUGAGCGGACGCGCAUUCACCCUCUAGGAAGCAGAGGCAGCCGCUUCUGGAGCUUGCAGGGAUAUUUACUGAAAGCCGAGUUUGAACUGAAAGCUGAGGACGCGUGGAGGGGGCUGCGUUGGAUGGGCCUACUAGUCUGGUGCAGCGCUGCAGACGGAGCACAUGCUGCAGCAGCCCGCAGGGGCAAGGAGUUCACAACAAGACUUGGAGUAACGGUAAUGGGGGCUAGAAGCGCAUCAAUUUCUAUGCCUAAUGAGGAGUGGCAUUCGCGUAGGCCAUGCUGGCCACCACGGCUAUUUAAGCGCGAGUUUCUGGCCUUGCGCGGACGGGGAGCUGCAGAUACAGCUGCAGUCUGGCGCUGCGCAGACGCGUUAUAUAUGCAUAUACACGCUGCCGACCACGCUUCAACGCCUUCGAUCGCAGCUCCUUCGCACGCGCAGGCAGCACCGUUCCUUUUUCGUAUGCGCCGCAGAAGCCUCCGUUCCGCCGCUCAGUGUCUCGCUCGACAGCCGCCUUCUCCAGCAACGGGAGAGAGCACUGCCGUAGCAGCUAGCGCGGCUAGGAGUGGUGAAUCGCAGCGAUCUCACCACCCCUCAACUCCAAAUGUAGAUGCCGAGGCCGUCCACAGGUCCCCCUCGGGAGUGGAGGAAACGCGAGAGCCUUUUCUGCACGCAGACAAUGCAAGAAUCAUGCCACAGGCGCUAGACCCAUCCGCAUUUGCAGACAAUGUCGAGAUGGAAGUCGUUGAGAGACUCAGCAAGAGUCAGGUGAGCAUGAAGGAACUAGUUGAGUCAGCUAGAAAGGCAGAUCCCGAGGCCUUUCAGAAAAUGGUGACUGCGACGGAGAAGGAAUAUCCCACUUCUGGAAAAAACCGAUUUGCGUCUACAGAUAUACAGGCGUUGGCUGAGGAGCUAGGGUGCACUGAUUUGAGCAGGGGCUUGACUGCCGCGCAAGUUUUGGAAAACAGGGAGAAGUUCGGUUCCAACAUGUUGGACAAAGGCGGUCGCGAUCCGAUAUGGAAGAUAUUUAUUUCUCAGUUUCGCAGUCCUGUAGUGUCGCUUCUCUUGAUUGCGGCUGUAGCCUCCCUCGUGAUGCAGGAGUGGGUAGAGGGGGCUGCUAUCCUGAUCAUCGUCACGCUCAAUGCCUGCCUCGCGACGUACAUGGAAAACAGCGCGAGCACCGCCUUGGCAAAGCUGGCGAGUAUGGCAGCGCCGUUAUGUUGCGUUUUGAGAGAUGGCGAAGAGAAGCAGCUGCCAGCCGAGGAAGUAGUUCCAGGAGAUGUAGUGCUCCUCCGGACCGGCAACAAUGUAGCGGCAGAUAUGCGGUGUAUUGAAGUCACUGAGCUCAAGACAAAUGAAGCUCUCCUAACAGGCGAGUCUGAGGACGUCACGAAGACAGUGGCUGCGGCGGAUGGCGAUGCCCCCUUUGCGACAAACUUAUGUUUUGCGAGUACUAUCGUUACCAACGGCAGCGGCAGGUGCCUCGUAUUUGCGACAGGGAUGGAAACACAGGUUGGUCGUAUUGCAACUCAACUGAAGAAGGCAGGAGCCGCUUCGCGCCUCACACCUCUGCAGAGGGGCUUGAACCGUCUCGGCGGACUGAUCGGCAUAAUUGCGAUUUGUGUGCUCGUCGUUAUUGUGGUGGUGGCUGUGCUUACGGGGUAUCGUGACCCUGCACACCCAGACUCAGAUCCUAUCUUCACGAUUGUUCUCGUUGCUGUGGGCUUUGCGGUUUCCUCGAUCCCCGAAGGAUUGCCGAUGGUUGUCACUAUCUGCCUUUCGCUAGGUGCUCGCGAUAUGGUCAAGCGCAAAGCAAAUGUUCGGAAGCUGCCAGCUGUCGAGACACUGGGAUGCUGCUCUGUGAUUUGUUCGGACAAGACAGGCACUCUGACGGAGGGAAAGAUGACGGCCACGCAUGUUGUGACUUUCUGCCGCGGUAGCAUUUUGACAGACGCAGAUAAGCGGACGGCUAAGACGCUCGCAGUUUACCCCACCAAAGGUUAUGAUCCCCAUGGAGGCAUCUUCGAUGAGGCACUUCUGACGCAAGAAAAGAAGAAUACCUUGACGGCGUUGCACGGGCAGGGAGCCUUCGAAUCCUUCGGAAAGGUUCUGACAAACUACGCUUCAGCAGCAACGGCUGCAGAAACUUCCUCGCUAGGUGCACCAACGGCAGAGGCAGCAGCAGCCGUGCGGGCGAGGGCUCUCUUAUUAGCGGCCUUCCUCAACUCGCACUGCACGAAGCUCGAGCAGGAUGUGAAAUCCAAGCAAUGGACUACAAGCGGAAACAUGAGCGAAGGUGCUUUGGUCGUGCUGGCAGCAAAGGCGGGGAUAAACGCGGACUGUCACGCUACACAUGCUCGAGAGGCUUCUUUGGAAGUGCCCUUCAACUCGGGACGAAAGAUGGCGAUGUCUGUGCACGCAUUACCAAUAAAAGAUUGCUUUGCAGGCAUCGAUCUUCAUAGUCGCGGGGUGGAGUAUACCCACGUCGCCAUAGUCAAGGGAGCACCUGACAGAUUAGCCCCACACUUGGGAGUCAGCUUGGUGGAGUCGGGGGGACGCUGCGGCUUGGCCGCUGACAGUCCCCUCUCUGCAGCUGAGUUGGAAGAGAUUGGAGCUGCCAAUGCAGCCCUCUCCUCCGCAGCAUUGCGCGUUCUCACCGUUGCAUUCCGCCCACUUACUGCCGAGAUGAUUGAGAAGCUGAGGGCCUGUGCAGGUGCUGACGAACGUCUCAAGACUGUUGUCGAGGAGCCAGCCAAGAGCCUGUCAGUUUUAGGUUUGAUAGGCUCCUUAGAUCCCCCGCGCGCAGGAGUACGCGAUGCUGUUGCCGAAUGCCACGAGGCUGGCGUACGUGUUGUGAUGAUUACCGGUGAUCAGCUGCCUACUGCUUGCGCUAUUGCACGCGAAAUAGGCAUCUUGAGCGACAAAGAUGAUGUUGCCCAGCGCAGCGUCAUGUGCGCGGUGCUGCAUGAGAAUGACGACCCCACGCUCCCUUACAAACCCAUCGAAGUGCUCGAUCCUCUAGUUGACGGGGUCCGCGUGUUUGCGCGUGCUCAGCCGGAAGACAAGUUCUGGUUGGUAUCUUCUCUUCAGCGCCUUGGUCAUACUGUGGCUAUGACGGGAGAUGGCGUGAACGAUGCUCCUGCACUGAAAGCAGCAGACAUUGGCGUAGCUAUGGGGAUUGCGGGAACAGACGUGGCCAAGGGGGCAGCAGAAAUGAUUCUGCUCGAUGACAACUUCUGCACCAUUGUUGCAGCUGUUGAGGAGGGCCGCAAGAUUUAUGGCAACAUCCAAAAGUUUGUUUGCUUCCUCCUCGGCACAAACAUCGGCGAAAUCAUCUACCUGACUAUUGCCAUUGCGGCUUCCAUGCCGCUGCCUCUUGAGGCCCUUCAGGUUCUGUUUCUCAAUCUGAUGAGCGACGGCUGCCCAGCUGUAGCGCUUGCUAAGGAGCCACCGGAUGGCAACAACAUGAGUGUUCCUCCCCGCAACAGAAAACAACCCAUCAUGACUCGAGAUUGGUGGCUAUUUGGCAAUGUUCCCCACACCAUCUUCGAAGCCGCUUGCGUCCUCUUCUCCCUCGCCAUGGGACUGUAUCUCUGCACGGGCAGUGUGCUCCUCAAGGAUCUCACCAAUCAGUGCGAACGUGUAACAGUCAUUGACAGCAAUGGAGCAGAGAGCACAUUGCGAUACUUCUGUGCGGCCCAUGAGUAUCGCGUCACACGAGACUAUACCGGCUGGGUAACAAAUAUUGAUUUCUUUGAUCCGAUAGGAAAGAAGACGAUGCAGGUGCUAGGGGCCGCAAAGGGGAAGGUGGUAGAUAUCCGUGCCAGUUCACCGGAGCUAUUGGACUGGAUACAACUUGCGAUGAAAAACGGCUGUCCUGACAAUUUGAUUCGUGAUCAACGAGGCUGGUGCAGACCUCCCGAUAGGACGCUGUGGAACGGAAACAAUGAUGCAGUCCCCCUUGGCCUUAUUGGACAUAAUUAUUACGAUGUUGGUUCAAGGGGAGCACGCAUGGGAAGGACUUGCUCUUUCAUUUCCGCCGUCUGGUGCGAGAUGCUUCGCGCCUACACGGUGCGCACGUGGGAGUGGUUUUUCACGGUAUUCAAUAGAAAUCCGUGGAUGCAUUUGGCUUGCUCUAUGUCGGCUUCUCUCACCUCGUUGCUGACGAUUGUUCCUGGGAUAACCGCAGUUUUCAGCACGGCGCCUCUGCCAUGGUGGCUAUACCUCUUCGCGAUCGGCUGCGGCUUUUUGAAUCUUCUGCUGGACGAAAUCAUUCCUAAACCUCUCUACCGAUUAUACAGAGACAGAAAAUUGUCGUGGAUUUGUGAGGAUGGGUAUGGUAGAUAG